CGGAUGUGAACAGUGACAGGCGAAAGGGGAGAGGGAAGAGCAGCGAGCUGCUGAAAAGUUAAAAGUACAGUUUAAUGUACAACCCAGAGACGAUAAAAUAAGCGAAAGAUUUCCUGAACAUGACAUCUAUCUCAGAGGACAAUGAUAAGGAGAAGGUGCGUUCUGUAUCAGUCGACUUGAACAAUGAUGCAUCUCUCGUUAUUGAUAUCCCGGAUGCCCUCUGUGAACGUGAUAAAGUCAAAUUCACCGUCCAUACCAAGACCACACUUAGUUCCUUUCAGAAGCCGGAUUUUUCUGUGCCACGACAGCAUGAAGAUUUCAUCUGGCUUCAUGAGACAAUCGUGGAGACUGAGGAAUACGCUGGCCUCAUUAUUCCUCCUGCCCCACCAAAACCUGACUUUGAGGGUCCUCGGGAGAAGAUGCAUAAAUUGGGAGAGGGGGAAUCUAGCAUGACAAAGGAGGAAUAUGCCAAAAUGAAACAGGAACUUGAGGCGGAAUAUCUUGCUGUUUUUAAGAAGACUGUGCAGGUUCAUGAAGUUUUUCUUCAGAGACUCUCCUCCCACCCCAUCUUCAGAAAGGACAGAAACUUCCAGAUAUUCCUGGAAUAUGACCAGGAUCUCAGCGUGAGGAGGAAAAAUGCCAAGGAAAUGUUUGGAGGGUUCUUUAAGAACAUGGUAAAGAGUGCUGAUGAGGUCCUCAUCUCAGGGGUCAAGGAGGUUGAUGAGUUUUUUGAACAGGAGAAGACUUUUCUGUUGGAUUAUUCCACUAAAAUCAAAGAUGCCACAGCUAAGGCUGAGAAAAUGACGCGUUCACACAAAAAUGUUGCUGAUGAUUAUAACCACAUUUCCGGGGCUCUAAACAGCAUUGCUUCAGACAACAACACUGUCUUUAAAAAGCACUUAGAAAAAUGUUCUGAAGUGUUUGAAAAGCUUAGAAAAUUGGAAGACAGGGUGGCAUCGGAUCAGGAGCUCAAGCUGACAGAAUUGUUGAGAUACUACACAAGGGACAUCCAGGCUGCUAAGGACCUGUUGUAUAGACGUGCGCGGGCACUUGCUGAUUACGAGAACUCCAAUAAAGCUCUUGACAAGGCUCGUCUGAAGGGUAAGGACAUCGCACAGGCUGAGGAGAACCAGAAGCAGUGUCUGCAGAAGUUUGACAAGCUCUCCGAGUCCGGCAAGAAAGAGCUCACCAGCUUCAAGGCGAGGCGUGUAAUAGCCUUCCGUAAAAACUUGAUCGAGAUGACUGAGCUGGAAAUAAAACAUGCCAAGAACAGCAUGUCCCUUCUGCAGGGCAGCAUUGAGAUCCUCAAUAACAACUGACCCACACGAUGAGGUCACUGGAUCAUCUUGAGCUCCUUACAUUGUUACCAACCCAUUAGAGGGGAACCUGAAUGCACCUACUUCAGAUGUCUUAAAUGUGGUUCUGUAACAUCUCCAAAUCGUGAAAAAGAGCCACUACCAGCAACGUCCCUACCAUGUUUACACUUAUUGUUUUUCUUCACUCAUUCUCCUUUUACUGCCAGUAUCUUGCCACCAAACUGAGGGCAAUGACCAUGACAUCACCCAAAAGCCCCCGAUUAUUUGAAUUAUCGAUAACACAAUGUGUGUGUUAGCAUCCUUUUCUUUUUCUUUUUUUUUUUUUUAAGUAUUCCAAGUUUUGCAAGAUGAGAUAUUUUAGCUAGGAUUAUGCAGACUGAUAAAUAUCACCAGUGACAGAAGAAGAGAAAGUGCAUAAUUUCAGCGAUUAGGUUUUUUUUUUUUUUGGAACACAAUUUUGUACCUUUUUUAUAAAUGUGAUAUAUCUUCAUUUUUCUGUCACACUGGAAAGCUGAUGCAUUUCUUUUUUUUUUUUUCAUAAUUUGUUUCACAUUUUUCUGUUUAGUUCAGACUGAAGACACAACCCAGUGUCAAAGAUUACUAGAUAAAAAUGUAAGGGAAUGUUGAAAUUAAUUUACCAUCAAAUACUUUCAAAUUACCUUUUGCCUGGAUCAAAAUCAGCACUGUUUAUUUUUGUUUUAAAUUGUAGACGAAUUCUUUUGUCCCCAUUUAGUGUGUUUGGGUGAAUCGUUGUCAAUUUUCAGUUACUGUUAGUAGAUUGUGCAAUCCAGAGUUUUUGAAUAAGAUCGUGCUUCCAUUUAUGUGUUAACAAGAAACUGUUUCCCUCAAGCGAGCUGCAUGUUUCCCCUUACCUCAUCCUCUUCUGAAGACUAACAUUGUGAAAAAUGCCACCUGUUUAAUUUUUAGUUAAUUCAUUUUCAUGGUUAGCCUUCAAACCCUUUCACUAAUAAAUAUAAAUCAACAUUCCUUAUUCAAAUGUAUUUUUUUACUUGACUAAAUGUUUUCUCUCGAUGUUGUUACUAACAGUGUAAGACUUGCUAAGUUUAAACUGGACCAAAAUAUGUGUAAAAUUCAGUUUGAUGUUAAACCACAAAAAAAUGUUACUUAUUAUGGAGAUUAUGUUUUGUAAAAGCACUAUUACAAUCAUGUCUCAGUGAAGACAACUUUUAUAAAUGAUUGUAUAGAUUAAAAAGUUUUUUCACAUGGACUGUCAUCAUUUUUAUGAGAGCUUGCAAUAAUGAAAAUAAAUAUGCCCUGCUUUCCCA